GCACCUGUAUAUUAUAGUGUGUAACAUAGCAUCAUGCUUUUGGGAUCUGCAACCUGGCUGAUAACUCUAUUUAUCAUUUCUGAUGUUCAAUGUAACAUUCCUCAACCGAGUGAAACAUUCACUCAUUCCGCAGUUCUGGCAUCCGGUAAUCUGACGCUUUACUGGAUGUUCACAGACACCCACAUUACUUUUGAGAUUUACGGCAAGACUGCUGGGUGGGUCGGAAUCGGGUUCUCGCCAAAUGGAGCAAUGACUGAUUCGGAUAUUAUACUUGGAUGGGUGGCGAAUGGAAGAGUCAUUGUGAAGGACAUGCACGCUGUCGGACAAUCACCACCGAUUGCAGAUCCCGAGCAAAACGUAAAUGUGAUAAGCGGACAUGAAUGUAAUGGAUGGACAGUAUUAAAAUUUUCAAGACAACUUGCAGCCUGUGAGAAUAAAUACGACAGAGAGAUUUCGACAAACACGAUGCGUUUAAUUUGGGCCCUGGGUUCAACUGAUCCACAAGGCGAAGUUUUAGCAAGAAAACAUUAUCAUUGGCUUGGAAGAGGAGCUCAAAGCAUGCAUCUCCUCGAAUCUCCAAAUAGGCCGAAAGGGAAUUUACCAUCAGGACCUACAUACAAAACACUUGACAUCGCUGUUAGCGAUUUCACGAUUCCUCCGCGACAAACUUAUUACAACUGCAGAUUGUUCAAAGUUCCAGAUUUCCAAAAGAAACAUCACAUCGUGAAGAUCGAACCAAUCGUCCAGCAAGGCAACGAAGAGUUCGUUCAUCACAUGCUGAUAUAUAGAUGUGGUGACAUAAUGGAGAAUACUACAGAAGUUGGCAUCAAUGCUCCCUGUUACACGACUGAUAUGGCUCACUUCGAAACAUGCACUGCCGUUAUUAUAGCAUGGGCUACUGGAGGAGGGCACAUGGUCUAUCCUGAUAACGCCGGUCUAUCAAUGGGAGACGAGGACGAUCCAGUCUACAUACAGCUGGAGACUCAUUAUGACAAUCCAUCUCGUAAAGAAGGUAUAAUUGACAGUUCUGGAAUCAGGAUGACUUACACGGAUACUCUGAGAAAACACGAUGUCGGCGUUUUAUACGUUGGGAAUGCAGUCAUUCCUACUCAACAUUUCAUACCACCCGGUGCUAAAGAUUUCGUCAAUGUUGGACUUUGUUAUCCAGAGUGUCUCGAAAAGGGAAUGGAUGUUACUGGUGUGCAAAACGUAACAAUAUUUAGUGUUUUACUGCAUUCGCAUAUCGCUGGAAGAUCACUAAAGCUGCGCCAUAUCAGAAACGGCACUGAACUUCCAUAUCUUGCAAAUGAUAGAACAUAUGACUUCAAUUACCAGGAGCAGAGACAAGUUGAUCCACCAGUUACACUUCUACCUACGGAUACAUUGUGGAUGGAAUGCGUUUAUGACACAACAGGAAGAAAGGAAAUGACAGAAGGCGGAUUUGGAACCAGAGAAGAAAUGUGCAUUUCAUUUGUAUCAUACUAUCCUAAGAUAGACACUGCACAUUGUUCAUCAUCUGUAUCUGCGUAUAGAACAUGGCCAUACUUUGGGAUUGAUCUGACCCAGUUAAGAUAUAACGAGAAAGCAACGGGACUUCGGUCUAUGUUCUUGGCAGGACCUCGAGAUAUGGCAGGAAAAACUCUGAUGGACGUUUUGAGUGGGCAAAAUUGGACUGAAGAAGCAAUCGAUGAAUUUGAAGAAUACUAUAUUGAAGUAGAACAACAAUCAAUAUGUGUUCCUUUCAACAGAAGCAAAAGCACCUUGACUGAAUUGCCAACACCUAAAAUAAAGACCAACUACACUGCCAUAAAAAGGACGUGCAGCGCAGAAGUGAUGCCUCUUUCGCAGACCAAAGAUGCCAUGAGAUGCAGCGGAGACGCCACUCCUAAACCGACGCCGUCGCCUCAAGAUUCAACAACCAGUGGAGCCGCCUCAUUCACGAUAUCUGCAACAACGCUUGUGUUUCUUCUGUGCACGAUAUUAUACAACUGAAACAUUGUUGUUAUAAACGAACAUUGUAGAAGAUUAAAGGCAUUCAAAAAAUAUAAUGGCAGUAUAAAAAUUAACCCUUGCUUUGAUUUUUGUUUUCGACCUCAACCAAACCUUGGUACUCCCGAAGUAUGUGAACCAAGAUGGCGGACACCGGAACGGUGUAUGUGUACCAGGCAGGUUAGGGUUAGGC